AUGUUGUCUCUUCUGCUCGUGUUGGUUGUAUUGACCCAACAAGUUGCUUCUACACAAGUUGAAGACUUUGUUGAGUGUGAGCCUGUAGACACAGCAUGUGAGUGUGGCGCUGAUGCCACUGUCUGCAUCUUUCAGCUAUACAUUGAGCGUGUCUUUACCUUCACCAAGUACAACUAUAGCGUUCCCUAUAGUCAUGGACAAGGAGAAUCCUACUACAUUAAUAACAUGGGACAAUUUGUUCCCUUCCAUAACAGGGGAAGAUGCAUCGAAGGAACUUUUACGAAACAAACUGGAAGUGGAUCGUCAGAUAAUUUAUACUGCAAUGAAGUAAACAUGUGUCUUCCUAAAAGUAAGCUCUGCAGUGAACCAAUAACAGUGGACGGAAAAACUUAUAAGACAGUUAUCGCGGUUAACAAGCAGCUCCCUGGACCAACACUGAUAGUUCAUGAGGGACAAAUAGUUGCAGUCGAUGUUCACAACAAUCUCAGUACUGAAGGGAUAACCAUUCACUGGCAUGGACAGCACCAGAUAAAGACAAACUUCAUGGAUGGAGUGGGUUUAGUUACACAGUGCCCCAUUCAACCUGGAAGCUCGUUUCGCUACAUAUUCAAAGCCGGUCCAAGUGGAACCUUCUGGUAUCACUCUGAAAUGCAGUCUCAACGUGGAAUUGGCCUUUUUGGUGCAUUCAUUGUAAAAGAGAAAGAUCCAAUGUCAUAUCCUGUUUCAUUCAGAGAUGAUCCAGCUCAUCAUACACUGACAAUCAUGGACUGGUUUCUAGAGGAUCCGGAACCGUUUUGCAAGCGUAUGAAACACGGACUUGGUGAUGAACCAAUCUUUACUCUACCAAAUGAAAACCAGCUUAUUCUUCCACGAACAACAGGCCCAGAUUUCAUCAAAAUUGGCAUCAAUACAUUCUGGUCUGCAAUAAUACAUGGCAAAGGCAGACAUCCUGAUGUAUCCUAUAAUCAAUCCAGCUUAAAUAUCUAUGAAGUUGAACCGGGGCAAACAUAUCGAUUCCGACUGAUUCAUACUGGUACAAUGUAUGGGUUUAGAUUUUCUAUCGACAAUCAUAAGCUAACUGUGAUCGCCACAGACGGAUAUCUAGUAAAUCCUCUGGAAGUGGACUACAUAGCGUUGGAAGGAGGGGAGAGAUAUGACUUUCUGUUGGAGGCCAACCAAGGGGGAGGCAAUUAUUGGAUAAAAGCCGAAACGUUUGAAAUUGAUGGUACUAGCGGUCCACCUUUCAAGUUCAUUGACCACAAAGCUGAAGCAAUUUUGCAUUAUUCUGGUACAGAUGUGCCAAGCCAACAGAGUUUGCUAACAUUUUAA